AUGAACAACGAAAACAUGUAUUCUAGUGAUCUCUUUUAAUCAACAGUGAUGUCUAAGUCUUAUUAUUAAGUCCUACAAGAUUCUAAUUUGAUUGAGUCAUAAGUGCUUCAACCAGUUUGUUAAAUGGCUACAUCGUAAUACAUGACUCCAUCAAUGUAUAAACCAAAAAAGAUGGAAUUAUUUCAUCAAUUAGAUGAUGAACAUGACUCAGAAGAUGAAGGGAUAGAAGAUUACAUUUGUCAACUGUGUGGUUAUGCAAGGAUUUUAAAUUUGACACAUAUGUUGCUAUUAAGGUAUAGAAAUCCGCGGAGAAUUAUUUGGAGGCAGCUUAUGAUGAAGUGGAAAUAUUAUAAAAAGUGGCGUAUAAUGUUACAAAUCAAAAAUGGCUUGAAAAAUUAAAAUAAUAUAAACCCAAUCAGAGAUUGA